CUUUCCACUUUCAUCGGUGGCGAAGACGACGACGACGACGACGACGACGGCAACGAUAAUAGCCAGUCAGGAAACGAUCCACACACAUCAACUCGAGAGCGCCCGCCGUGAGGAUUCAGUUUUAGUUCAACCACCGGUCGCUUCGCAUUGCUCUCCUCAGCCUUCGACGCGUUUGGCUGCGUGUUCGGUCGCUUGGAACUGGUUUUUCUUAUUUCUUUUUCUGUCAAGCAAGUCGGGUUUGGUUUGAUUUUUUUGCAACAAACAAAACGCUAGCAACUGCACACAGGAUACCUACAAAGGGGUUCAGUUGGGGGUGGAGGUGUUAGUGGUCGUUCGUCGACGUGGACGUGGACGUGGCGCGCGCUCGUCGGUCGGUCGGUCACUGGUCCAUCACUCGGGAGAGUGAUGGAGUCGCAUGGUUUGUGGUUGGUGACGGGAAUGAUGAUGAAGUGUGUGCCAUAAAGUGUCGAGUUCUGUUCGGGGGAGCUUCUCGGUGGCGUUGCGGAUUCCACCGCCGCCGGGUGUGUGCAGAUGGUAAUAGAAAUGCCCGUUCCGGGGUUUAACCAAUUUCAUGGACGUCACCCACAUUCACUUCGCCCACAGAAUGAGGCGAAGUUAAACGCCCAGGUGCGGCGUCUUCGGAGUGAAACCCUUAGAACGCUGCAGGGCUGACCGUGUUCGUUCAUAGUAUGCACACAGUGGACUGAGAUUCGUAUUCAUACAGGGAAACAGUUGAAACUUCAUCGGAUAACAAAUUGGAUUUGGAAAAGUAUAUCGUUUUUAGAAGAUCAUAGAAGGUGUCACUCAUUUCACAAUCACAAAUAGUGUAUAUUUCGGUUCACAAAAUAAUGUGAUUAAUCAACUGUGUGACUGGCAAUCAUAAUUUCACUAGAAACCAAUGUGUGGAGCCCUAGGAUUAAUUCACAGGAUGCCAAAUUGAAGAAAAAAAAAUAAUAACAACAUCAGCCACAUAUUAACGGUCUCUGGGGAAAAUGAACGAAUGUUAGUGCGACAUCUGUUGUUACUUCAGAGUGUUGAGUGUACCUCGCAUAUGCACUACUGUCACGAGAAUACUUUUGUGUCUGCCCAGACGGAUGAAUACUACAUGAUCUGGAUUCACCUUGACAAUCGUUCGACCGAGGUGCUGCGUGUAACUGAACAACAUCCGUCGCGGCAGCAAUGCGUACCAAAUUGACGGGCCACCCGUCGUACAGCGAUCCGCUAGAAAUGUGGCUCUGGUCGGCAACUAAACCAAUCAAUUAUUUUAAAUUCGCUAACCACGGAGCAAACGAUUACCGCGCCGGGUUCGGUUUGGCCCGGCGGUUGAAUCUGACGGUGGCUACUACCGCGACUGCCGCCGUUGACUCCGUGCUGACCGUGGAUGUGGACGACAACGAUACGGACGGAAUCGCUUUCAUAGACGACGAUGGUGGCGACGGCGGCAGCGGUGGUUCAAUGGCUCUCAACAAUUACUGGGCCCUUUUGGCCAUUGUGUUGGUGUUUGGUACGGCGGCCGGCAAUAUCCUGGUCUGCCUGGCCAUCGUGUGGGAACGGCGGCUGCAGAACGUGACCAACUACUUCCUGAUGUCGCUGGCCAUUACCGACCUGAUGGUGGCCCUCUCGGUGAUGCCGCUCGGAAUCCUGACGCUGGUUCGAGGAUACUUCCCGCUGCAGUCCGAGUACUGCCUGGUGUGGAUCUGCCUGGAUGUGCUGUUUUGCACCGCGAGCAUCAUGCAUCUGUGCACCAUUUCCGUCGAUCGAUACCUGUCGCUGCGGUACCCGAUGCGAUUCGGGCGGAACAAGACCCGGAAACGGGUGGUACUGAAAAUCAGCUUCGUGUGGCUGCUAUCGAUUGCGAUGAGUCUGCCAUUAAGCCUAAUGUACUCGCAGAAUCACGCUUCGGUGCUGGUGGAGGGCACCUGCCAGAUCCCGGAUCCGGUCUACAAGCUGGUCGGAUCGAUUGUCUGCUUCUACAUCCCGCUGUGUGUGAUGCUGAUUACGUACACCCUGACGGUUCGCUUGUUGGCGCAGCAAAGUCAGAACCUGUGCGGGGCUGCCGGGGCCGUUGCCAGUGCCACCGGUAGCUGGUCAAGCGGGUGGCUCGGUCAGGCUCCGGCCUUCGACCGGCGCAAUACCUGGAAGCGGAUCAUUAAACUGAGCCUGCCGUCGACCCCGAACCAUGCCCACUCGGCUGCGUCGACCGACACGGAGCUUUCGACGUUGGACAAUCACGAUCUCUGGCUGCUGGAGUCCAGCAUUCCGGAGCCCACGCCAUCGACCAUGACGGCACUGCACCAGUUCGGAGAGGAAAUGCUCAAGCUUUCACGUGGUUUGGAAACGGUCACCAACAGUGGCAAUGCUGGCCAGCACAACAACAGCAACAACAUCAGCAACAGCAAUAAAAACAGCAGCAGCAACAGCAACACAAUGCGAAACGGCGAACAAUCCCGUGAAAGUGGCUGCCCCUCGCUGCUGCUGCCCAUCGCGGUCACCGCCGGCAGCGAGAACCGAAACGGACCCGGGACGGACGCUGAUGGAAAAAAGUUUCCUUUCAGGAAAAAGUCCGUCAGCAUGGCAACCAAACCACAACCGCCGAAGAAACGACGCAGCUCAACGUCUGCGUGGAUCAACCGGCGCAAUUCGGCAACUCCGCCGUCGACUGCAGUGCGCAAACGGUUCAAGAGUCUUCCCUUCGCUGCGUUGCCUCCGGAAGGUGUCGAUCCCGAAAUCACCGUCGACGAGUUCUACCUUCAUGAGGCAUUGCUACGCAGCAAAGAAGGCUCCCGCAGACACACCGACGAUGACGCCACACAGGCGUUGACCGAAAACGACGACAGCAGCCGAAGCUACAGCGAAACCAGCGAAGGGGCAUCGGUGAACCUACUGAAACUGCCACCACCGUGCAAAUGUCCAUACUUUGGCGAAAGUUGCAACAAGCAGCAAUACGAGGGUAUUCGACCCGCCGAGAUAAAAAUCGUAAAAACGACCUCGAACUUUAGCUCAAUCUCGAAUUUCGACACCCAGAUCUACAGCAAUAUUUCAAUCUCAUCUCAGCCAACCCGAUCGACAUCGAGCAGUCUAUCGACCCUACCGGCAUCGUCGGUAGUGUCUCCCAACAAAAAAGGCAAUCACAUUAAGAGCGUCUCGGUGGUCACUUGGGACUCUCGACGGCAUCAACGGCGCGGAUCCAGUUUCGGAGGUGCUCGAACAUCGCUACUGCUGACUCCGACCAAGCCGAGUACUUCGAGUAGCAACCUACGCCGAUCAGCUACUCUGCGGCAUCACAACGAAAGUACGCCGUCUAUCGUAGUGUCAGGAGCCCCGAAGAAGAACAGCUCAACGCCUUGCCUGAUCCAACGGCAAGCCACCAUCCGUUCGCAUCACUCGAGGAACUCCAGCGUGAUUUCACGGAACUCCUCACGUCACGGGCGCAUCAUCCUGCUAGAACAGAAAGCGACCAAGGUGCUAGGGGUGGUGUUCUUCACCUUCGUGAUACUGUGGGCUCCGUUCUUCGUGCUAAACCUGUUGCCGAGCGUGUGCAAGGAGUGCGAAGACAGCAUCAACCACUGGGUGUUCGAGUUCGUGACCUGGCUCGGGUACGCCAGCAGCAUGGUGAAUCCGAUUUUCUAUACGAUUUUCAACAAGGCAUUUCGGGAUGCCUUCAAGAAGGUGCUACUCUGCCGAUACGGAUCGAAACCGGGCUGGCAGCCCAGUAGCUAGCAGCACUGUCCCACUGUUGUCACUCGUACGGUAGCCGUCUAGCACAGGAGGUAUCUAGGCCAAAGUAUAAGAACCGCUUCCCGUUUUUUCCGAAGUGGGCUCAAUGUUGCACUACUAUUUUUCUAUGAACGUGUACCUAUUAGCGAAUUUUUACGAGAACAUGAAGUGUCGUCGUGUGUUAGAAGGGAUAAAAAAAAUAAAUGUAUACACUCUGUUUAGAUGAA